AAGGAUCUAUAAAUUUACUGAGUUUCCUCAUCAACUCCCAAAAUAUAUGAACAGUUGAAGAUAUAAUAUGAAUAUGGCAACAAUAAUCAAAAUCUUCUUCUUUUCUUUUCUUUUCCAUUCAAGUGAAUUUCUUGCAAGAUCUCUAGAAGUUGAUGAUACGAGUGAUGAAUUUAGUUAUGAUCAAUACGCGAAUAAUGGACCAGCUAAAUGGGGAGAAAUAUCGAGUAACUGCAAUGGAAAUUUACAAUCUCCAAUUGAUCUUGAUAACAAAGUGGUUGAAGUUGUAUCAAAUUUAGGAAUUCUUCAAAAAUACUACAAACCAUCCAAUGCCACUCUUGUGAAUAGAGGACAUGAUAUAAUGUUGAGAUGGGAUGGUGAUGCAGGAUACUUGAAGAUAAAUGAAACUCAAUAUCAACUCCUACAAAUUCAUUGGCACACACCUUCCGAACAUAGUAUCGACGGUAAAAGAUAUGAUAUGGAGGCUCAUUUGGUACAUAUGAGCAGUGAUGGAAAAAUUGCUGUCAUUGCAAUCCUCUACGAAAUUGGAUUAUUGCCUGAUGAUCUCCUGACCAUACUAGAGGGUGAUUUAAUAGCUGUUGCUGAUAAAAAAGGUGCAGAAAAACCCAUGGGAAUUAUUGAUCCAAAUAUAAUAAAAUUGGAUGUUAAUAUAUAUUAUAGAUAUAUUGGCUCCCUAACUACCCCUCCUUGCACUCAAGGUGUUGUUUGGACUAUUGAUGGAAAGGUUAAUAGUGUAACAGCAAGACAAAUAAAACUGCUCCAAGAUGCUGUUGUUAACGGGUUCGAAUCUAAUGCCAGACCAGUUCAGCCAUUAAACGAACGUUCUAUCAAACUAAACAAAUCUUGUUAUUUUCAUUGGCUGACUACAUGAACUUCAACAUUCAAAUUAGAACAUAAGUAGUACGAAGCAAAUAUUAUCUAUUUAGAACAUAAAUUAUAUUACUGCUACUUCACGAGGCAAUUUAUAUUCAAUGUCGAUUUAUAAUGAAAGUAAAAAAUCAUACAUGUGUUGCUACUGA